UCUGUGGCAGUUGACCUCCUCCAUUCCUGUUGAUUCCCGAGAGCUGCUCUGAACUCCCACUGCUGCCCACCGGUCCCAGCCAUGGACCCCUACCAGGAGCCUCGACUCGGUUUCCAGCCCCCGCUUGACGAGGGCGCCCCAGACCUGGAAUGUGCCAUCUGCUUCAGCCAGUUCAACAAUGUCUUCCGCACUCCCAAGAUGCUCCAGUGCAAUCACACCUUUUGCCUGGAGUGCCUGGCCCGUAUGAAUGUCAAGUCAGCCAAGCCGGACUCCAUCCAGUGCCCAUUGUGCCGGGGCCACACACCGCUACCCGACCUGGGGUUGCCCAAGCUGACCACGGACCGGGCCGUGCUCUCUUACCUCCCCGGGGCCAUGCAGCGUGUCUACAGCAUCCGCUUCAACCGCAACAAGGGCAAGCUGCAGGUGAAGAGGACCACCGAUGUACCCCCCCCCCUGAACUCGCUGCGUUCUAUUAGUCACUCUCUGGAUGUGGGGCUGCCAAGCCCCACAGGAGGCAGCGGGGACGUAGAGGGGGGGCAGAGGCGAAGGCUCGGGGCACUGCUGAGACUGUGUCGUAGACCAGGAUGCAGAGCCUCCCUCCUGGUGUCAGUGGUGAUGAUGAUGGUGGUGCUUACCUGCGUCAUCAUCUUUCUCCUCGCAUAUAAACAGCUAUAA